UGAGGCAGAAAAAGAUAUUUCCCUUCUGAUUCUUCACCAAGAUACAUAGUGCACAUUUUAAGUAUUUGAUAUUAAAUGAACUUAAGUACAUUUUUUCUAGAAAUGUGCUUUUGAUAUUUGACUGUCAAAAGUACAAGUAGAUUACAAAUACAUUUACAUGUAUGUAUAUAUAUAUAUAUAUACUGUAAUUGGAUCUGAUAUGCAGCAUUUUUCUAAUGUUCAGAAUGUUCAGAUUGCUGAUAAAAUUAAUCAAUGAAAAAUGACUUUGUUUCUGAUGCAGGAGUAAAGGUAGAAAGGUGGCAGGGUCCGUCACUCUGUGUUGUCCUUUCAGACCAGUUUGUUUAUUCAGUCAUGAAAACAAAGACAGUUUCCUUAUUAGAGAUCUGCUGAUUAACAUUCCUCACCAACACUACAGAUUGCACCUUUAAUGAGGAGUCCACAUAAGGUGACGCAAUACUGAGGUCUCUGAAGACUGACGUCAGAGGGGCGGAGUCGGCUCAUGCACCCCCUCUCAGUGAAUCAGCAGGAGGAGGAAAUACACUGUACGAGGAUUUGUCACCUGUAUCCGCCACUACAAACACCGAUUUGGAUAGUGAAGUAUAUAUAUGGGUCUAAUGGAGCUGCUGGUCACACUCAAACCUGUCCGGCUGCAGCAUGACGCGGGUCAGUCUGCAGAUGCUCUUUCUCGGCUCGCUGCUGAUGCUCAGCGACCCCACGGUCCCCAAAUGCGUCACCGAGGAUGGCCUGAAUAAACUGGUCGAGGAGUUUCAGACGAAGUACCUGGACAAGAAGGUUUCUGUCCACCAGCCGGACAACAGGACCUGCAAGCAGGCCGCCGAGGAGAUGCAAGGCGCCGAAAACAACCGCUCCGUCUCCCCGUGGAGGUACAGAUUAAAUGAGGAUGUUAACAGGAUCCCUCCCACAAUCCCCUUUGCAGAGUGCAUUUGUGAGGGUUGCAUCAUCGACAAGCAGGAAAACAUGAGCUACAACUCCAGAGCUGUGCACGCCUGGCUGAGGAUCCACUGGAAGACAGGAAAGUGCUCCAACAACAAAUACAAAGUGAAAAAGGAUUUUAUCAAAGUCCCUGUUGGCUGCACUUGUGUUGUGCCAAAUUACACAAAAUGAUCACAGUGUAAUCGCUCAGCACGCUCACACCGGUGCUGACCUUUUACAUUUUUUCUCUUAAUUAACCAAGUUAGCAAAAUAAUCCAUCUUGUAGCCUGCUAGUUUAGCUUGCAUAACGUAAAUUGAUCUGUUUCUAUGUGAUCUGUCACAGUUUAUGGUUUCUUUGGGGAAAACAGAUCAAAACAUUCUGCUAAUCACUGAUUUGAGAAUUUUUUUAUUUUUUUUUUACAAACGUAGGUAAAAAAGCUGCCUCAUAGACUGUUGAAGUGAAACUAAAACUUGGGUUCCAGAAGAAAAAACUCAUUUAAGAUCAUGUUGCGCUUAUUUACACGCAGUGAAGGAUGAUGUCGGACAAUGGAACACUUUGGUCCAGACAGAAAUAUAUAAAGAAAGAAAUAUUAAACCAAUUGCUCUGAAAAUAUGCAAAGACAUUUAAAAACGUGCUGAUUUUAUAGAUCCUACAUUGUAGUAAAAAUUCUAUUUAAUUAUUUAACAGAUUGCAGCAGGAUUUUAUUGAUCACUUCACUUUCUAUCUUGUGUCUGACCAAAGUUCCAAAGCUCCGGCAGAAAUCUGGUGACACAAAUGUAUUUAUAAAAAAUAUAAAAGCUUCUCAGCUUAUCAUUUCAGCACAACUGAAACCAUGUAACCUCAGUGAGCAGAAGCUUUCAGCUAUAAGCAACAAAACGCUGCACUGUUUAACUUUGAGAGCAGUAGUUUGCACGUACUGAUUAAUGUGAAAUGAUGUUUAUGUCUUUAUAUGUUCAGAAAUGCCACAUUGACAAGCAGCAAGAAGUGAACAGUUAAAGGAAUAGUUUGACAUUUUGAGUAUUUAUUUGUGGAGAGUUAGAUGAGAAGAUUAAUUUGUUCAUGUUUCCGCAGCCAGCAGACGUUUGACUUAGCUGAGCAUAUUUUCUGAUGGGCAAAGGUUAAUGUAGUGGUUAGUAGUUCUCAGGCUGAGUAAAUGUUCUUAGCUUGCUAAAUAUUAAUUAAAUGCUUUAAUCAUAAAAGAAAGAGAACACCGUAGUGUAAAAUGGUAUUUCGUCAGUAGUUUCAGUAAACAGAUGGAAAGUGUUAUAAUCACUCUCUCUGGUUUUCUUGUAAGACCCGCCCUACUCUGCCUCUGAUUGGCUCGUCAGUUUCAUGUGACAAAAGCCUUGACAGAUUUUCUGUCCUGGUAUUCCAUGUUGAAUACAUCUAGCAUGUUUUUGCACGAGAGACAUGGAAGAGUUUAACUGAUAGAUGAUGUAUUAUUCUCCAAUAACAUUGUUGAAUAAGGACAUUUUGUGCUGGACAAACAGAGGGAGGAGAGGGACAUAAACAAUAUACUGUUAAAUCAGACCACAGGGAUUUGUUUUCUAAAUGUAUGUUCAACAAAUGGCCAGUGGUGGAGAUGAUACAGCAGAUUUUCUUCUUUAGUUUCCUCAGAAAACACACCGACCACAGCUUUUUGUCUUAUCAGAAGCGCACAAAAAACAGAUUUAACCAGAGACAGUUUGAGUCCAGUGUUGAGAACGCAACCGACGAAAGGAACUAAUCGGCCACCAAUGUGGUGGGAACCAUGAUAACACCAUUACCAGUCUUUAUGUUAAACUAAGCAUCAUUGUAACUUGACAUUUAACUAGUGCUGGGCAAUAUAUACGACACAUAUAGUAAUCGUGAUGUGAGAUAUCGUCAUAUCUAAAGCAGCAUCACCAAACUGUUCUUCUUGUUCUGAUCCUUGUCUUAACACACUUAGUCAUUAUAUUCACAUUACAGAUGAUUAUUUAAUAUUUUGUUAAAGUACCAAUACUUACCUUGCAAUACUGUUGCGCGAUCUGGACAAAAACUAUUGCAACAUAAUUUUAAAGCCAUACAGCUCAGCGCUACUGUUAACUGAUAAACGUGAGACUGCUAUCGAUUACCUCAUCUAACACUUAAGCAAGUGAACUUGUGUUGAAGUGUAUUUCUCAAAAUGUCAAACUAUUUUUGUAAAAAAGGACAGUAUUAGGCACAAAUGCAUAUUUUGUACAACUUACACACUUACAUUUAUUCUUAAACCUCAACGUGAUGAAGUUAAAACUCUAAAGCAUCAAAGUAUUAAAGCUAGUUGCAUUUUUGUUCUCUGUUUUUAAUGUGAAAUAAGCCUUUUUAGGCUAAACGUGAAGAUUCCUACAGUUUUUUAUUGAUUUUAAUUAUUUUAUUUUAUUUAUAUGGUAUUUUUGUUGUGAUCAAAGGUAAUGUGUAUUUGAUCACUGAAGGGGCCAGUGAACUAAGUUGUAUAUGUUUUAAAAUUCAUUUGGCAAAACUGUAACAAUCGUGGACAGAGGUGGCUUCCGACUCUGUAAGGACACUCCCACACUCUGUAAGGACACUCACACACUACGUAAGGACACUCACACACUAUGCAAGGACACUCCCACACUCUGUAAGGACACUCCCACACUCUGUAAGGACACUCACAC